AUGUCAACACCACGACCAAACAUGGACCGCGCGACCAGCGACGCGAACUCUGUCAAUAAUGGCGGAGACAGCUCUGUUGAACUAGCACAAGUCGUCGAUGAUCUGUUAAGCCAACUCAACACCAAGUUCUCCACCAUCAGCAGCGAGCUGCUUUCUAAGAUGGAUGAUAUGUCACGAAGACUGGAUAACCUUGAAGCAACGAUUCAAGGUGGUGAGGGUAGCAAAGGCCCUGAUUCGGACAAGUAG